ACGACUCCCCAUUCCUUCAAUUAAUAAAUAUACCCUACAAUCCCAUCUUCCUAUACUCCAUUUUCACAAGCUCUUGCAGCAGAAAGAGGCUCAGAGAUUUGAGGAAUUGAGAAAGAAGAGCAAUGGGUAGGACUCCCAAGGGAAGAACAGUGAUGGAGGUUGGAGCUGAUGGGGUUGCUCUCAUCACCCUUAUCAACCCUCCUGUCAAUUCCCUCUCUUUUGAUGUGCUAAACAGCUUAAAAGAGAGUUAUGAGGAAGCCUUACGUAGAGAUGAUGUUAAGGCAAUUGUUAUUACAGGUGCAAAAGGAAAGUUUUCUGGUGGUUUUGAUAUCACAGCUUUUGGUGGAAUCCAAGCUGGAGGUGAAGCUUCAAAGCCUGGUUAUGUAUCAGUAGAAAUUCUCACUGACACUGUAGAAGCUGCAAGGAAACCUUCAGUUGCUGCUAUUGAUGGCCUUGCCUUGGGUGGAGGAUUAGAGGUUGCAAUGGGCUGCCAUGCACGAAUAUCUACUCCUAAUGCUCAACUAGGCCUUCCUGAACUUCAGCUUGGAAUAAUUCCAGGAUUUGGAGGAACCCAGCGACUUCCACGCCUUGUUGGCCUCUCAAAAGCCCUUGAAAUGAUGUUGAUGUCAAAGCCAGUUAAAGGAGUGGACGCUCAUAGUUUGGGCCUUGUGGAUGCUGUAGUUGCUCCAGAUCAGUUAGUAAAGACUGCUCGCCAAUGGGCCCUGGAUAUUUUAGAGUGUAGAAGACCAUGGGUUCAUAGUCUUUACAAGACCGACAAGUUGGAGCCCCUAGGGGAAGCAAGGGAGAUACUCAAGUUUGCAAGAACUCAGGCACAGAAACAGGCUCCGAAUUUGAAGCACCCAUUACUUUGCAUUGAUGUUAUUGAAGCGGGUAUAGUUUCUGGUCCUGUUGCUGGACUUUGGAAGGAGGCUGAGGCUUUUCAAGAACUUCUACACUCUGACAUUUGCAAGUCCUUGGUCCACAUCUUCUUCGCUCAACGAGGAACCUCAAAGGUUCCUGGGAUCACUGAUCUGGGUUUGGUACCAAGACGAAUAAACAAAGUUGCUAUUCUUGGUGGAGGAUUGAUGGGAUCUGGAAUUGCAACAGCAUUGAUGCUUAGUAAUUAUCCUGUGAUCCUGAAGGAAGUAAAUGAAAAGUUCUUACAGGCUGGGAUUGGUAGAGUCCGAGCUAAUUUGCAAAGCCGUGUCAAGAAAGGGGCAAUGACUCAAGAGAAAUUCGAAAAAACCUUCUCUCUUCUCAAGGGUGUCCUUGAUUACGAGAGCUUUAAAGAUGUAGACAUGGUCAUAGAGGCGGUCAUUGAGAAUGUCUCUCUAAAGCAACAAAUUUUUGCGGAUCUUGAAAAAUUUUGCCCACCACAUUGCAUUCUUGCAAGUAACACUUCGACAAUUGACUUAAACCUGAUUGGUGAAAAGACCAGGUCCCAUGACCGGAUUGUUGGAGCCCAUUUCUUUAGUCCCGCUCAUGUGAUGCCACUGUUGGAAAUUGUUCGCACUCAGAGAACAUCUCCCCAAGUAAUUGUUGAUUUACUAGAUAUCGGAAAGAAGAUAAAGAAAACCCCUGUUGUGGUUGGCAAUUGCACCGGUUUUGCUGUCAACAGGAUGUUUUUUCCUUACACACAGGCUGCUCUUUUGCUCGUUGAACAUGGUGCAGAUGUCUAUCAGAUUGAUAGGGCAAUUACCAAAUUUGGAAUGCCAAUGGGCCCAUUCAGAUUGGUUGACUUAGUUGGUUUUGGUGUGGCAAUUGCAACUGGCGGACAGUUUGUUCAGAAUUUUCCUGAGCGAACCUAUAAAUCAAUGUUAAUCCCAAUCAUGCAAGAGGAUAAGAGAGCAGGUGAAACUACUCGCAAAGGGUUCUAUGUAUAUGAUGAUAAACGUAAAGCAAGCCCAGAUCCUGAACUGAAGAAGUAUGUUGAAAAGGCAAGGGGCAUUUCUGGUGUUGCCAUUGACCCUAAGCUAAUGAAAUUAUCUGAUAAAGACAUUGUGGAGAUGAUAUUCUUCCCUGUGGUGAAUGAGGCAUGCCGAGUCUAUGCUGAGGGUAUUGCAGUCAAAGCAGCAGACCUUGACAUUGCUGGUGUUAUGGGCAUGGGUUUCCCUCCUUACAGGGGAGGAAUCAUGUUCUGGGCCGAUUCUCUUGGAUCCAAGUACAUCUAUUCAAGGUUGGAGGCAUGGUCAAAUCUGUAUGGUGGCUUCUUCAAGCCUUGUGCAUACUUGGCCGAAAGAGCUGCCAAGGGAGCUCCUCUGAGUUCCCCACUGGAGCGAGCAAAACCUCGACUGUAAGAUGAAUUUGCACCCACUUAUUUCUUCUUCCCUGGUGUUAGAAAGAAGCUGGAUUUGAGCUAAAUAAUGUACUUGGAUGGAGAGUUGAUUAAGGCAGGAUGAUUAUUAACAAGUGAGAACUCAGGAAAUAAUAAUUAAUAAUAUCUUCUUAAACGAAGUUGGUUA